AUGUCUAGUCCCUCCCCACUCGCUUCUCUCUCUGGGCCGGAAGCAUGUACUCGCACAAUCGCCUAUUACAAUAGCGCUGAUGCUGGCGAGGUGAUCUCCAAGGACAUCGAUCAGCUUCGCAAGAACAUCGUUAUUAUCAAUGGGCUCUUUGACAAAGUCAUGCGCCCACUUCAGGCGUUCGACCAUAAACACGCCAAGUCUUCCAACUCCGAGGGUGCGCUCGCGCCCCAGUGGGCGGACUUCCGCACGCGAUUCAACAAGUACGUCGACAAAAGCCGUGACAGCGCCGCAGCCGCAUCAACAGUCAUGCAUCUGUAUGCCGAUGCGGUCUUGGGCAAAGUAGGGGACCUCAAGUGCAACAGUCAAGCCUUGGCGGCGGAGAUCAAGAUCUUUCAAGAGAAAGUCCAAGAGCAUAUCUCCGCUACGGACGCCGUUCGCGACGAUUUCCGCCAGAUCUCCCAGGACAUCGGUGACUUCGAGCAUAAAGUCAAGCUCACCAUGAACUUGAACAGCGGCGACGAGCAUCUCACUGAAGACAUGAACACGGCUUUCGAGAACAUAGAAACUUUGAAAGAGAAGAUUACCAUCAUACCCGACGAGGAUUCUAAACAGGAAUCGACGUAUCUGGCCAUGGCGGCCACGCUGGCCCCUCGCGUUGCCAAAGCUCUACUUACGCUGUCACCCACGGCCGCUAUAUACGCAUUGCAAGCCGUCUUCGGACCAUCAGUACAACCAGAGAGUGCGAAGAGCACCGUUCUGCGAGACAUAGGCAACGUCGCGAAGCGCAUUCAGGCUAUAGCCGAUAUCUGGCACAACUUCCUGAUGAAGAAGAUCGAGGCUAGCCGCACAAUGUUCGUGCGGUUGACCGAAUGCUUGGAUUUGUACUUCGUCGCGCCUGCGGGAAAACUUCUGCACGCGCUCUCGUUCGCGUUUUUGUACCGCGAAACUCGGGUGUUCCGCCAGGCGGUUGCGCUCGACGGGGGCCGCGUGCGCUUCAAAGCAGGCCGGCACCGGCUUCUCAACAAGAAACUCCUUGAGCAAGCCAAGCACGGGAGGUAUAUGGACAAGGCGAACAUAGAGUACGCGAUGCACGUCGUAUUGCGCAAGCCCGGCAUCGCGGGGACGCAGAAGCUUCACGGGGACAAGAAGCCGAACGGGCUGAAGAACGAGCGUCAGUACGAGCGGAUUUACAAUCGCACGGAUGACCCUCACGAAGGUAUCACGGACGUUCUGAAGGUAUGGGGUGCCCGAUGCCACUAG